AUGAACUUGUGGAGGAAGGAGUUUCGAAAACAAGUUAAGAGCUCUCGUCUCAGGAAGAAGAGGAAGAUGAUGAAGCAGAGCAGGGAAGUAGAGAUGAAAGAUGUAAUGCUGGUGAAGGAUGUCGAAAACUUGGGUGCCGGAGAAGAAGUCAAGAAGAUGAAGGGUGUCCUGGAGUCUUGCUGCAGACAGGAAGAUCUUCCUAAAUAUGAUCUAUCGAAUAGCCAUUCCAUGCAGGGGGAAGCUUCGAGCACUAGUUGUGAUGUGUGCAUGGAUGUGUUCUCGAUCAGGGAUUUAGUGUGUGCUCCCAGCUGCAAGCACAGAGUCUGCAGGGAUUGCAUGAAAAUUUAUCUGAGGAAAGAGAUACAAGAAGAUGCCUCACAGGUUGUGUGUCCUGAAUCUAAGUGUAAAGAUGUUCUGAGGCCAGAGUUUUGUCGUAGGUUUAUUCCUGAGGAAGUGUUUUGUAGAUGGAAGAGUGAGUUAACUCUGGCAUCUUCUUUUGGGAGGAGGAAGAUUGAAUGUCCGAAUCCUGAUUGUCGACAAGAGUUCAUGGAUGAUUCGAAGGGAUACCCCAUAAGGGCGUGCCCAAAGUGUUGGAAUUUGAUUUGCAUGCCCUGCGGACUGGUGGAGUGGCAUGCUGGAAAGGACUGCCACACCUUUCGUAUGGAAAAUAUGUAUUCCAAUUAUUAUGAAAGACGGGCACGAUACAAUUUUCAGCACGACGGAAAAUUUCGUUUUGGACUCUGA